AAUGCAGAUAUGAGAGAAGCAGAAGCGGAAGCAGAGGAGGAUGAAGUCUAUAGGAACUGUCAGCCCCCAGUGGCUGACUUGAGCCACCGACCCAGAGAUCCUAGAACCAAGGCUGGCUGGAACAUUCUCUCUCACCUAUUCUUCACGUGAGCUGUUGGUACUACUCAUCCCUGCUGAGCCUUGAGACAGGAAGGGGAUGUAGUAGGUUCAACUUGCCAAGAAUGCUAGAUAUGCUAAAGCUCAAAGUCAGUAUCCUUUUCUUCCGACAUCACAUCAGCUGGCAGCAUGUUGUGCUGUAGGGUGGGUUUUGGCUUGUAGUCUUCCUGACCAGUUAGAGUGGCGAGGGGCAUACACAUAUUCCUGGGAUGAUUGGUUCAUAUGCCUAGUGUUAAAGCAGUGUUGAGUUCGAGAAGUUGCCAUUAGAGUAGCUAUAUCUUCUGCUGCAUUCAAGAGUUCUGUAUCAUUUUUCUCAUGGCAUCACGGGGGCUUGGACUAGACUCAGUGGUUGAUCUACUUGCUGUGUAAAAACAUUUUCUUAGCAGUCAUGUAUUAAUAUACUUCUUUGUAUAAUAACUGGUUGGACCCACUGCUCUGGCAGGGCUGGAGGAAGAGUCUGAGGCAAGAGGAUCUCUAUGUUCAUCCUCAGGAAACUGAUUCUGAGGCACUGCUCAGAAAAUUCAACAAGAACUGGUUGGCUGCACAAGGCAAGAGAGAAGAAGGUGGGAGAAUCUGGCUGUGGAUGGUGAUCUUCAAGACUAUCUGGUUUUGGUUUCUCGUACAUGGCUUCCUCUUACUAUCAGAGGUCACUCUCCUCAUUGGCCAGGCUGUAACACUUGGGUAUCUUGCCAACUACUUUACUCUUGCAUGAACCUUCACCUCACGACACCUUUAGUGCCUACCUUUUGGCUACAGGACUUGUGCUGAUGGGGUUUGUUAUAUCAUCGAUCCAUGCCCAUGCGUUCCUACUUGGGAUGAAGCUGGGCAUGAUAUGUCGCGUGACCUGCACUUCUGCCAUCUACCAGAAGGUGUUAAGGUUGAGUCAAGUGACUCUUGGACGAAUCUCCACCGGUCAUGUGGUAAACCUCGCCUCAAACGACGUUCAGCGGUUCGAGCUAGCAUUCACGUUCCUCCAUUUCCUGUGGAUCAGUGCCCUGCAUCUGGUCGUCUUUGCUUACUUGGUGUACCGGGAGGUGGGCUGGCCAGCUUUCCCUGCCACUGGCUUAGUAGUCCUUCAAGUUCCACUCCAGAUUCUCCUGGCUCACUGGUUUGGUAGGAUGCGGGUUAAAUCAGCACAGCUAACAGACAAGAGGGUCCGUGUAAUGAAUGAAGUAAUCACUGGUAUCAGAGCGAUAAAGAUGUAUGCAUGGGAGUAUGCAUUCAGAGAUGUUGUCACUCGACUUCGAAAACAAGGAGUCACUCAGAUACUGAAGUAUAUGGUCCUGCGAGCAACCGGACUGGCCUUCACUGAUGUUGCGGCAACUCCGCUGGUGGUGUUUGUGAUUGUUGCUCUCACAGUGUUGACUGGAGGGCAGCUCUCCCUCUAUCUGGCCGUCUUCAUCAUCUCCAUGUCAAGACUGGUGGCAGACAACACCUGCUACUACGCCAUUCGAGCCCUCACUUUCCUCUUUGAUGCCAAUACUUCCGUGAAGAGAAUUCAGAGGUUUCUUGAGUUGGAGGAGCUGGAUUCAUGCUCAACUGCUAGCCACACAUCUGAGUCUCUGGCUUCAUCUCCCUCCCAAACCCUCUCCUCUAUCAUGUCUGCCACCUCCUCUCCUGCUCCCUCUCAUCCUCUGGUGAGACUGGACGGUGUGACAUUCUCCUGGAGCGGAGAAAGAGGCCAGAAUACUGUCAGUGGAGUCUCUUCUCUCUCACUCAUGAGAAGCCUCUACUGGCAAUAGUAGGCCCUGUGGGAGCUGGAAAGUCAACUCUGCUGCAAGGUCUGCUUGGAGAGCUCUCCCCAGUAGAGGGGUCGGUUGAGGUGAGAGGCAAGGUGUCCUACUGCUCCCAGGAACCAUGGGUCUUCUCUGGAUCUCUGAGAGACAACAUUCUCUUUGGAAAGACAUUUGAACCGCACUACUACAAGUCCGUAUUGGAGUCUUGUGCCUUAGACAAGGUUUGAAUGAGGCCACUAAUUAACCCUCGGCACGCAUGCGCAGCGAGGGUUACGGUACUUG